CGCCACUCGUUCCAUUCCGCAUUGCAGACGCGGCGCGACUACCGAGCGGCCAGGAAGCCCCGCGCGCCUCGACACGGUGACGCUCGAGUGACACACAGACGGCCCGCGGGGGGACGCAGCCAGCAGAGAGGAUACAGCCCGUCCUCCGCCUGGCGGGCAAGGCGCGCCGCUCAAAUGUGCCCGCUUGGCCGCUCCAGAUUCACGAGUCCACUCACUACUUGUGCACUUUCACUCGGCCGGCCCAGCGAAUCCGUUUCACUCCCUCGUCCACGCCGCUCGUCGCACCCUCUCCUCUCUCUCGAGCCGAGCCGAGCUAAGCCGUGGCACACGUCGGCGCGAUCCGAUACAAGCCGAGGGCCGCCGCGGGCGGCAAUCUGGUGACCACCGUUGCAAUCCCGUCACCACGCCAGAAAGCGCGCCAAAUUUAAAUCAGACUACUGCAGAGCCCGUCACCGGCGGCCGGGGCGGGGGCUGGCCAGGCAGUCCGGACUGGCUGGCUACCCGACUCGCCAGGUGGCAGUUUUACAAACGACCGGUCAUUUCAUUUCCGCGCGCCAGUUACACUGUUCAUCAAAAUGGCAGUGAUCAUUGUCGUUUCCUGGCGAUGAUCAUUGCCAUUUUGGCAUUGAUCGUUGUCCUUUUGGCCUUGACCAUUGCCAUUUUGGCAAUGAAUUGCACUUGAGCCAUGCAUUGAAUUGCACGUCGGCCCGCCAGUGUGGGCCGUCAGAAAGACUAACGAUCCCCUCCUGUUUGUUUCAGAUGGUCCGACCAACCAGCCUGGGCCCGGGGCGGCCGCCUCCCCCGCGGCUGCUGCUGUCGGCGGGGCUGCUGCUGCUCCUGCUGCUGCCCGGCGCGCUGGGCCGAGGCCACGCUCGCGGCCCCGCUGGUCCGGGGCGCGGGGACGCCCGGGGCGCGCGCGGGGCCGCGAGGACCGCAGCGGGCGACGGGGGCGCGGCGGCGCGGUACGGGGCGCGCAUCUCACCGCUGCUGCGCGCCCAGCACGACGACGACACGCUGCUGCUGGCCAGCGCGGGGGCGGGCGCCGAGAAGGACAAGGACAAGGACGACGACGACGAGGACAAGAAGACGCUGUCGCAGCAGGUGGCCGAGGGGAAGUACGGCCUCAUCCAGAAGGAACUGUUCGCCACGCCACCACGCCGCCCGGGCGUGCUGAGCUACGCCGCCAACCCCGAGGUGCCGGGCGACACGGCGGCCAACCUGGGCGGGCUGGACGAGGAGGAGAUCUGGCUGGCGGAGGACCACCUGCUCGUGCUGCGGGGCGGUGCGUUCCGGGACAAGCCCGGCCAGCAAGAGCCGUGGCCACCCAUCGACGACUACCACGCGCCGCCCCGCCAGGUCAAGCUGCCCGCCAACCCGCGCGUGCCGCCGCCCUUCCCCGUGCAGCUCACCGACCACGGCCCCACCCAGUUCCUGACCUCGGCCAACGGCACGCCCCCGUUCCUGCAGCAGGGCUUCGUGCCCCUGGUGCCCUUCAACGGCACGCUGCUCGUGCCGCCGUUCCCGCUACCGCCGGGGCUAGGGCUACCACCCGGACUGCCACCGGGCCAGGUUGGGCCCCCCGGGGGCUUCCUGGUGCCGCUGCCCUUCCCGCCACCCAACGCGUCGCUGUCCCUACUGCAGUCGCUGCCCCCGGGGGCCGCCUUCCUGCCGCCGCCGCUGCCCACCAAUCUCAGCGAACCCAUCGACGAGGACGACCCCUCAAUCUACUACCCGCCGCCCUACGACUUCUACUAUCCGAAGGACAACUCGUCCGCCGUGCCGGCUGGCCCGCUCGUCCCAGGCAUCAUCCUGCCCCCGCCGCCAGACUUCUUCGCGCCCCUCGAGCCGGCGUCCUCCCCUCCCACGUCCACGGAGCCGCCGCCGACCCGGCCGCCGACCCGACCCCGCAUGCGGCGGCCGCCCAGCAAGUUCAGGCCGUCGCUGCCCUUCCCCGCGCACCCCGAGAACGAGGUGGAUGCGCCGCGUCCCACGCUGCCACCAGAGCACCUCGACCACUACCAGGGCGACUACGAGGGCUACGACUACCGGCGGCCCAAGCAGCAACAGCACGACGUCUUCCAGACCGUCAAGCUGCAGCAGCACGUCAAGGUGCAGAGUGGGGAGGAUGAGGAGGCCACCACGGAGAGGACCGUCCUCAUCGGCGGACGCCGGCCCGCGUCCACCACGCCCAGGCCCUUCACACACGUCACGGUGCGCAAGAGGAUACGGCCCGCGCGGCCCACGCCCUCGCCAGCCCCGCCGCCCAGCGACCUCUACAACAACCUGGUGGCGCCCACGGUCCCGCCCGCGGCCGAGUCCCCCGCCUCGCAGCCCAUCUACCAGUUCGACUUCACGAGUCAGAGGGCGCCCGAGCGCGCGCCCGAGCAGGCCCCGGAGAGCGAGGCCUACCCCGACCACACGUACGCGCCCACGGCCCAGUCCGCGCCGCAGCCAGAGUCCACGCCGCAGCCGGUCACCCCGGAGUCCGUGACCCAGGCGCCGGUGGUCACGCAGCUACCGAUACGGGUCUACGCCGAGCAGCCCACCACCCCGGCCCCAGCCCCAGAGGAGCCAGUCACCGCCGUGCCCGUGUACCAGGGCGAUGCAUAUCUGCAGCCCGUCUCGCAGGCGCCGUACAGGCCGUUCUACAAGCCCAACAGUCAGUACCACGAGGAGCUUGUCCCGAUCAGGCAGUACCAGCAAGAGCACCCCGUCACGAGGGUGCACCCCUACGAGCAGCAGGUCACAGCCGCGCCGGUGCGCCACUACCAGCAAGAACCUAUCAGGGUCUACCAGCAAGAGCAGCACAAUAUCCAGCAAUACCAGCAGGAGGUGCAGCCCGUGCGCCAGUACCAGCAAGAGCACGUGCCCCUCAGGACGUACGCGCAAACCGUCACAUCAAUACCGUUCCGGCAGUACCAGGAAGAGCACACCGCGACACCGGUGCCCGUCAGAACGUACCAGCAAGAGCACCCCGUCACGCUUUCGUCGGUCAGGCAUUACCCGCAAGAACAGUCCGUUACGCCAGUGCCCAUCAGAACCUAUCAGCAAGAGCACACCGUCACUGCUGUGCCCGUCAGACAUUACCAGCAGGAACAGCCCGUCACAUCAGGGCCCAUCAGGACGUACCAGCAAGAGCACGCCGUUACCCAACUACCCAUACGACAUUAUCGACCGGAGCACCCAGUCACGCAGCAACCCUUGAGGCAGUACCAGCAAGA